GAACUAUAUUAGUAUAACACAUGGUUACAUUUAAAUUUUGUAAUCCUCCUCAAUUAAUGUAUAAGAGAUUUGAUAGUUAAUUUAAUACCAACCUAUUUAAAAAAAAAAGUUUCUCAGAUUUAUCCUACACAAAGUUUAUAAUGGUCUAAUAUAUAAGAGAUAUUAAAAUACAGGAGUACUUAUCUUUUCUCUCACCCAAAAAAUGGACAGAGAUCUAACUCUCACCAACCACCAUAAACCAUCAUACUUCACCGGUCGAUGCUUGAGUUCUUCGUCGUCUUGUCUCUCGUUCUUACACAGGGAAACCGAGUACACUCGGAUCAGUAACCACAACAAGAAGACAAAGUCAAGUCAUAGGUUAAAGAAUCUCCUUAGAAGGUUGUUAUUUAUGGUUACAAGCUGCGGUCUCGAGAACGCAAAACCGAAGAGGUUGAUAAAGUUUCACUACGAUGCUGUGAGUUAUGCUCAGAACUUCGACGAUGGAUCUAACUUGCGUGAUGAUGAUCGUAAGGUUUCCAGAAGUCUCCGACGAACACAGAGUCUCCAUUCAUUAGCUAAUACAGUAUAAUAUAUUCGGUUUCUUUUUUAAUUUUGUUAUAUUUUAUUUUCGAACAUGAUAUCAAAUUUCGUAUCUGCCCUCGAGCUAUGUUAUUAUCUGAUUAAUUUGUCUUUGUUUGACAAAGUUGGUCCCUGCUCGAGAGGAUGUUUAUUACAUAUGUAUCAUGCACUUUUGUUUAAUGAGUAAAUAUAUAUACCAAUAGUUAUGUUUUUCUAUA